AUGUUGCGAUUGGCUAGUCCACUAUUUGAGAGUGCGUUCUGCCAAAUACCGAUAUGUGUGUUGAUGAACUUUGACAGGGUUGCCACACAGCCGAACGAGAGGCAAAACUUUCAAAGAAGCUUAACAGAGCAAUAA